UGCGUAUUAGGCUUGUAUCUGUCAGUCUGCAAAGAGUUAUAACAUGGAAAGCGGGGAGGCUCCAGCCCAAAGGCCAGUCACACUGGAUAUCACAGUAGAAGAUGGAUCAGUCGAAGCUCCAUCUGGUCCUCCAGAACCAGCUAUCAAUCCUCCUGUUGUUAACAUCCUUCCACAGGAAGACAGCAUUGACUUGGGUGGAGAAUUUGCUACACCCCCAGAGGACAGCAGCGCGACACCUUCAGAAAGCUUACUGGACAAACUCAAUGACCAAAUGAUGGAAAGUGUCUUGAUCUCCGACUCACCUAACAACAGUGAAGAAGAUGAUAUGGGCCCUACCGACUCGUUUUUGGAUGGUUACGAGGAGAACGCGCCAAUUGAGAAUCAGAGUGACUCAGAAGUUGCACAGAAUAUUAAAGAAAACACAGAUUUAGCGGGUGAUCAGAAGCUAGAUCCAAAUGCAGAGCAGGAAAUAGUGAAGAGUGAUGGACAAGAGCUGGAAAGAGUGUUAUCCCUGGGUGACCUACCAACUAGUCCUGAAUGUGAAAAACCUGCAUCCGUGACAGGGAACGAGCCCAAGGGUGAGCCUGUGCCAGUGUGCACAAUAUUUAGCCAGGGAAACCAGCCUAAAUCUUUGGUGCCUGACGGCUUCCUGCCCACACUCAUCAAGUCCCCUAGUUUUAACACUGGAAACACAGCUUUAAGUGAUGGCACUGUGACCCCUAGUAAAACGGUGACUCCACUUGUUUGCCAACCAAGCCCAAGUCUCAGCAAGUUCUUUUCAGAUAAUGGACAAGUAAAUCCGGCCUCUGACUUCUUCGACUCCUUUACAGCCCCUUCGUCAUUUAUUUCAGUGUCCAACCCUAAUGCUGAUAUUCCACCUGUUCCAAGUCCUAACGCUAAAACUAGCACUUCACCGUUGUCUACUCCUGGAGGAACUCUCGACUGUGGAACACCCUCCAUAACCUCAGUAUUUGGUCCACCGGUGUCUGAACCUUCUCAACAAGAAGUCCUGUCUAAAGCUAAACCCACGACCCCAGUUGCUGCCUCACAACCUCAGCUUUUCAACCAACUCCAAGCUGUGUUUUCUGGCAGUGAUGAUGCAUUUUCAACAGCGCUCAGCAUGAGUGAAGUGGACAAGCGGCACGAUGCCUGGCUGCCCUCUGAAGAAACCAGGAAAGUGUUGAUAUCAGUGGCAACCCAACAGUACAGUCCUGUGUAUGUUGAGAGCAGCAGACUUACAAUGCCAGGACUCAAGUUUGACAACCUGCAGGGUGAUGCUGUCAAAGACUUACUGCUCCGAUUCUUGGGAGAGCAAGCAGCUGCAAAGCGCCAAGUUCUCACCGCAAGCUUUGUGGAUCAAUCUUUCUCUGGCCUCAAACAACUCAUCAGCAGUAAGAAUUGGCGAGCUGCGGUGGAUCUGACGGGCCGUCUCCUGACAGCACACGGGCAGGGAUAUGGAAAAGCCGGACAACCAACCUCCCACACCACUGACUCACUGCAGCUUUGGUUUGUGCGUCUAGCACUCCUCACCAAGUUGAGCCUCUUCCAAAAUGCUGAGCUUGAGUUUGAGCCAUUUGGAAAUCUGGACCAACCUGAUCUCUUUUAUGAAUACUAUCCUGCUAUUUAUCCAGGGAGGCGAGGCUCCAUGGUGCCAUUCUCCAUGCGGCUGCUGCAUGCAGAACUUCCUCAGUACCUGGCCAAGCCUCAGGAGGCUCUGGACCGCCUGCACAACCUGAAAACUGUCUGCCACACUAUUCUAGAAAAUCUUGAGAAAGGCUUGGCAGAAGACGGCAGCAUGAUCACACUGACCCCAGAAAAUAGGCAAGAGUCCCUCAAACUGUGGCGAGCACGUCUCAGCAGGGUGAUGUACUCCAUGGCCAACUGUCUGCUGCUGGUGAAGGACUACAUCCUAGCUGUGGAGACGUAUCACUCCAUCAUCCAGUACGAGACGCAGCAGAAGGUCCAGCUGCUGAGUGGGAUUGGACGCAUCUUUCUGCAGAUUGGAGAUGUUAAAACUGCAGAGAAGUAUUUCCAGGAAGUGGAAGAAGCCUGCAAGAUGGAAGGCAGUCAGCUCAGCCACACCUUGUGUGUCCUCAUGAACAGAGCCUUUGUCUACCUCAGUCAGAACAACUACGCAGAAGCGCAUGCAUCUUUCGCAGAUGUUUUGAAACUGGACCCAAAAAACCCUGUGGCUAACAACAACGCAGCUGUGUGUCUGCUCUACCUGGGCAGACUCAAGGAGUCCCUGGGUCAGCUGGAGGGCCUGGUCCAGCAGGAUCCAGCUCUCUACCUCCACGAAAGCGUGCUGUUCAACCUGACCACCAUGUACGAGUUGGAGUCGUCACGCAGCAUGCAAAAGAAACAGGCGCUGCUGGAGGCCGUCGCCUGCAGAGAGGGCGAUAGCUUCAACACGCAGUGUCUCAAACUGGUCUGACGUGGAGGGUAGGACUGAGAAACACAAGCCAAUUCUCCUGUGGAACUGGAAGCAACUGAACAUCCUCUUCAAGCAGUCGUCCGCCUGACUUAUGUAAGACUCAUCCCUACAUCUACUUCAUGACUCUGGCGAGGUGUGCUGUUUUGAAUUUGCUCUGAAAAAUGUCUUCGGCUGCAGCAUGUGAUGCGUUCAAAGUGCAGGUUCAACACACUCGGCCAUGACUCGUAUCAUCAUGAUGUUCAUAAUGACAGGAAAAUUUGCAUUCACAAAAAGGUUUACACAGCAUUAGUGUGCAAUUUUAACUGCAGAUCCCAGAAAAACAUGAACAAUUCACUAGUUCUCUGAAGUUGUCACAAAACUUUAGGGAUAUUUUGGCAUUAGAAUACACACUUCAUUUCUCUGCUUCAGGCGAAAGCUGCUUUGACAACUUUCCAGAUCGCAUGAGUGAAACACUGAGUUCUAUAUUUUAACCAUGAUUUGAAUAGUUUGGCCAAGUAACCCAAAGACAGACAUCAGCUCUUUCUGACCUGAAGAGUUAUGGAUGAAAAAACAUUCCAGCUGAUCGUUGAAGACUUUUAAUGGGCAUUAUGAUUAUGGUAUCGAGGGUUAUUAGCCUCCCACUUCCAGAACCACUUGAUUUCAAAGGUUCAUUGCUAUGUUCACAUGAUCGUUCGCAAAAUGUACAUAUUAAAUUCUGUCAUUUUUAUUUGAAAUCAAAUCUUGAUAUAUUUUAUCUGUCGUGUUGGCUCUUUAACUUUUGCUGUUCUCUGUUGUAUUUAUUGAUGAAUU